AUGAUGAAGUGUAAAACAGACUGCCUCGAAAAGCCUCUGUCUCUGGCCUUUGAAAAGCUCGGUCGUGUUGUUGGUAGACAUCCAUGUGUGUUUGUGUUAUUACCUUUAUAUGUAGCUACUGUCCUCGGAGCCGGUUUUAUCUUUCUUCAGGAGAGGGAGGCAAAUGAUAUUGAAGACCAGUUCACACCUGUCAAUGGACCUGCCAAGCUGGAGAGGGCGAUUGUGCUGGAGAAUUUCCCACAGUCUGAAGAGUUUUCUCAGUUACGGCUUGCGUCUGACGGCACUUAUGCUUCUUUGAUAAUCACAGGCUUGAAUGGCAAAAAUAUAUUAACUGAAGAGGCUUUUAAUGGCAUUUUGGAGUUAGACAGACAAGUGAAAAAUAUAAUGACGGGAAACACUUUUGAAAACCUCUGUGCCAGAACAAAGGGAUACUGUAUGUCAAAUGCAAUUUUAGACAUUAUAAAUUACAAUGCUUCUGAAAUUACUUCUUCAACCAUAACAUAUCCGAUGAAUAAUGGCAUGUUUUUGGGCACAAGUGUCGGCGGUGUGAAGCUAAAGCCAGAUAGCUCAGUACUGACCAGUGCCAAAGCGGUCCGGCUUUUUUAUUUCCUAGAUGAGGAGAGGACAAAGGAAAACUCAGACUGGCUUGAUGGCUUUAUAAAAUUCUUCUCUAACUACACAGACCAGACAAUGGUCAGUGUGUCUUACUUUACAUCAAUAUCGAGACAGAAUGAAUUCGAGACCAAUUCAGACUCUGUGAUCCCCCUCUUCUCCAUUACGUAUUUCCUGGCCAUUACCAUUUCAAUUCUGUCUUGUCUGAGGUUAGAUUGUGUCAGGACGAAGGUGUGGGUGGCUGGGUUUGGCGUCGUCUCCGCUGGUAUGGCCGUGUUGGCCAGCUUUGGACUGCUGCUGUUCUGUGGGAUGCCGUUUGCCAUGACUGUGGCCUCAGCACCCUUUUUGAUUCUCGGUGUUGGUGUUGAUGACAUGUUCAUUAUGAUUUCCUGCUGGCAGAAGACCGAAGUUGAUAAAAAUGUUGAGUUUCGCUUAGCAGAAACGUAUAAGGAGGCCGGUGUGUCCAUCACAAUCACCACGCUGACGGAUGUGCUGGCUUUCUACAUUGGCCUUCUGACGCCCUUCCGCUCGGUGCAGUCCUUCUGCAUGUACACCAGCACCGCUCUUCUCUUCUGCUACAUCUUCAACAUCACCUUCUUUGGCGCGUGUCUCGCACUGAAUGGAAGGCGAGAGAAAGGCAACAGACACUGGCUGACCUGCAUGAAACUCCCAGAAGCCAGUGGUGAUAGUAAAGGUUGUUGCGUUGGUGGUACUUAUGAUAAAAGCACACGUAAGGAAUACGACAUGCCAAUUGAUUCCUUCUUUAAAAACUAUUACGGCCCUUUUCUGACAACUGUGUGGGUUAAGAUGCUCGUGUGUCUGAUCUAUGCUGGGUAUUUGGCAGUCAGUAUCUAUGGAUGCUUCCAAAUACAGGAAGGUCUAGAUUUGAAAAAUCUAGCAGCAGACGGCUCAUAUGUGGGUGAUUACUAUGACGAAGAAGAUGAAUUCUUCUCUGAUUUUGGUCCUAAUGUCAUGUUAGUAAUAAAAAAUGAGCAUUUUCAGUACUGGAACCCAGCUGCCCGAGAAAGUCUUGACUUGUGUUUGGAAAAUUUUCUAAAUCUGACAAUGGCUGAUUCGGGCAUUCCACCUAUUUCUUGGCUUCAUGCAUACAUGCAGAUUGGACAGAAUGCUGGUUUUGAUUUAGACAAUGAAACACAAUUCAAAGGAAAAUUAACUUCAUUUCUUAUUCAGUCUGGUUUUAGCCAAGAUGUUAAUUUCACUAACAAUCAAAUUCAUGCAUCACGUGUGUUCAUUCAAACGGUGAACGUCAGCACGGCAAUCGAUGAGAAAAACAUGCUGAAUGCAUUUAGAGAAACUGCAGACAAAUGUGGGGAGUUGCAGAUGCCCGUUGAUCUGAUCGUGUACCACCCCGCGUUCAUCUAUUUCGACCAAUAUGCCGUCAUCAUCAGUAAUACAGUCCAAAACAUAGUGGUCGCUACAUGUGCCAUGUUAGUCAUUUCGCUCCUGCUGAUCCCGAACCCUCUCUGCUCUGUCUGGGUGACAUUUGCCAUUGCAUCGGUCAUUGUGGGCGUGGCCGGUUUCAUGGCAUUGUGGGAUGUCAGUUUAGACUCUGUGUCUAUGAUUAAUCUUGUUAUCUGUAUCGGGUUUUCUGUGGACUUCUCUGCUCACAUAUCGUACGCUUUUGUGUCAAGUGAAAAAUCCUCUGCGAAUGAGAAAGCCACGGAUGCCAUCCAUAAACUGGGCUAUCCGAUUGUUCAGGGUGCCGUGUCCACUAUAGCAGGUGUGGUGGUGCUCGCAGCUGCUAAAAGCUACAUAUUCAGGACCUUCUUCAAAAUCAUGUUCUUGGUCAUUCUUUUCGGGGCCGUCCAUGGCGUUGUGUUCUUACCUGUGUUCCUGACUUUCCUUGGCGCUUGUAACAUGACGAUAUCUGAGAUGGAAAAUGUCUCCCUCCCUGUGGGCAGUAGCAGUGGAGAUGAUGGCCAGAAGGAACCUCCAGCAAAGACAGCUCAACUUUUCAUGGGCUACCACAAGAAAAAGAAGAAGAAUGUGACCAGCAGUGAUAUGACAGAACUGAAUGCAUAUGUCAAGGCAGCAUCAGAGGAGGAUGGCACUGACUGCAUGAAAUUCUGGAGUAGGCAUAUGAAGGACUUCAAAAAGCUUGACCAUUUGGCCAUGAGGGUCUUGGGAGUAGCUGCAACCAGUGCACCAGUUGAGAGGGUGUUCAGCCAUGGAGGACUUAUCAUGAGGCCCAAUCACAGUAGGCUUACUGCAAGCACCCUGUAA